GGGAGAUAAACUGAGUUUGGAAUCCGAUCCAGGGAUCUUGGUUUGAAAGGGGACACGAUGCUCCUCAGGUCACCUGCAUAAAAGGAUGACACCAUGGGAGGCAAGAGCAAAGGCAAGGGCUCGGGGAAAGGCAAAGGCAAAGGUGGCAAGAAAUCCAAGAAGGCCGUCGUGGAGGUGGAUAUUCUGAGCCCAGCGGCCAUGCUGAACCUCUACUACAUCGCCCACAAUGCCGCCGCCUGCCUGGAGUUCCGUGGCUUCCCGUGGCCGGGCUCUCUGAAGAAGAAAGGCAAGAAGAAGAAGUAGCAGCCCCACGGGGGCAAGAUGGAA